AUGUCAGCGGGCAAGUUUAUGUCCCUUCAGUUCCUCACCACCUCGGCAAGGGCCCACAUUGCGCCCCCUUCCAAAGGGCGACUAACCCCUUCCACCGUUGUAAUCAGCGCCGCCGGUCCUCCUCAGCUCCUUGACCACGUCGUCCUUCUUCAGCUCGCCCUUGUCCUCGGUCUGUAUGUCGAGGCUGUAGUGGUUCAUGAGGCGCAUGACGGCGUUCUUUUGGUUGAUGAUGCCGAAGCGGCGCUUGCCAAUGUUGCCCUCGACCUUCUUGCCGUUCCAGAUGACGAGCACAAACUUGGUGCGGGUGCUCUCGCUGUCGUUGGCGUACUCGACGCGCGCGUAGCCGUACUGGUCCUUGGCGUCGUCGAGAUUGGACACGAACUCGUCCCAGCCCUCUUUGCCCGUCGUCAGCUCGGCCUCCUUGCCGGACGGCGUCAGCAGAAGCCAGUUGGUGUCGUCCUUGUUGGACCGCACGGCGUCGUAGGCCGCGCGGAUGUCGGGUGUGUCGAAGUUGACGGCGUUCAUGGCGGAGGAGGAGGAGGGGGGAAACCGGGAAGGACGCCGGGUUGA